AUGGAAAAGACUAAGGUCUCUGUUACUUUAAAAUGUCGCGCGUCGUCGCAUGUCGAUUCCUUUGCCCGUCUCAGAUUGUGCUCUUAAUACUUGUAUUAAUGUCGUUAUUAACAACGUUGCAGCAAACGAAUGCCAAUCCUUUGCCGGAUCUCACGCAGGAAUAUCAAAAUUUGAUAUCCGAGAAUUCGACGGUUAAUUCGACGGAUAAUUCCACGGAAAUUGGGGCCAACACUGACGUAUACGUGGUAAAAGCUGUAGUCUACGAGAUUGGAAUUCUUACAGAUACGGAUAACGCAACGACUAGCGAAAGUACCGAAAGACACGAAAAAAUCGAUAUAUCGUUAUACGAUCCACCGAAUCAGAAAGACGAAUAUUCCUUAUGAAUCCUUUUAUCAUGAAACGAAUGUAGAUACAAAAUUACGCGCUUGAGAUGCAUUUAUGGAGACCGAAAGUGAGAAUCAAAAUGAUAGAUUACUGUUAAGACGUUUACGGAAUCGAUAUUUUUUAGAUAUGUGAAUGUACAUGGUAAAUUACUGAUAUUGUAUAAGAUUAUAACAUAAUGAUAAUAAAGCGUAAAGUGUAACAAUACGA